CCUGGGCAGGAGCGCGGACACUGGUGAGAACAGGAUCAGAGAAAACGACAUUUGUUCGAGUGAUGAGUCAUGAAAUUCAAACUUACUCAAACAUCUAACGCCAGGUGAACAAGCAGGUGCUCAUAUCGUCUCAUUGUCCAGGUCCUGGACUCCAGGACCCAUGGCCUCGUUUGUUUUGCACAGCGACUGGGCAUGGUUGCCAAGGACGCCACUGAGGAGAAGCGCAAGACUGCGGAAUUAAUCCCACGACAAAGGAAAGAGGUAGAUCUGGGCUAUCAAGUGCGCACUUGAGUGAGCGUUGCCCUAAUGGUAACCUCUCAACAAUUAAACAGACGUCUCAGUGCCCGAUGUCAGCGAGAACUUUGAAGGAAAUGAGAUUUAAGCGACGCAAGAGGGGACAGAUAGCAAGAAACGCGGGGUGCUCGCUCGAAAUUAGGCUUGACAGCUAGAUUGUAGGCUAUUGCCCAAUCCAAUGGAGAAGUAUGAGAAGUUGGCAAAGAUUGGAGAGGGCUCCUACGGCGUGGUCUUCAAGUGCCGCCACAGAGACACGGGCCAGAUAGUUGCCAUCAAGAAGUUUGUGGAGUCGGAAGACGACCCGGUCAUCAAGAAGAUUGCACUGAGAGAGAUUCGUAUGCUGAAGCAGUUGAAGCACGUGAACUUGGUCAAUCUUCUCGAGGUCUUCCGGAGGAAGAGGAGGCUGCAUCUGGUCUUUGAGUUCUGCGAACAGACUGUCCUCAACGAACUGGACAGGCACCCAAAAGGGGUUCCAGAGGCUCAGCUGAAGAGUAUAGUAUGGCAAACACUCCAGGCUGUCAACUUCUGCCACAAGCACAACUGUAUCCAUCGGGAUGUGAAGCCAGAGAAUAUCCUGCUGACCAAGACGGGUGUCAUCAAGCUGUGUGACUUUGGCUUCGCCCGCAUCCUGACUGGGCCAGGCGAUGACUACACGGACUACGUGGCCACGCGCUGGUACCGCUCCCCAGAGCUGCUGGUGGGGGACACCCAGUACGGGCCGCCCGUCGACGUCUGGGCGCUGGGCUGCGUCUUCGCCGAGCUCCUGAACGGCAACCCGCUCUGGCCCGGCCGCUCCGAUGUGGACCAGCUCUACCUCAUACGACGCACCCUGGGUGACCUGAUCCCCCGCCACCAGCAGGUGUUCCGCUCCAAUGUCUUCUUCAGUGGAGUCAGCAUCCCAGAGCCGGACGCCAUGGAGCCUCUGGAGAAGCGGUUCCAAGGUGUGCCCCCGCAGGCCCUCACUGUCAUGAAGUCGUGUCUGGUGAUGGACCCGUCCCUGAGGCUGUCCUGCGAGGAGCUGCUGGAGUUGCCGUACUUCCAGGAGGACGGGGGCGUCCCCGUGGGUCGCGAGAGCGAGAGGACGGGCAGACGCCACGAGAAGGGCUCCCGGCGCCGAGCACAGGGGCCCCAGUAUCUGCCACAGCUGCCUGGCAGUAACGUAUCUCCAGCGCCCGAACACAAGAAACAGGUCAAACCCAAAUACGACCAUCACCUGCCCAACAUAUAAAGAAAAACGGACCUGAGAGAUAGAG